AUGGAAUCGGUGAUCGAGGAGGUAUUUGAAGUACAGAUGCUGCAGCCUUUUCAUGGAUGGGUGCUUGAACGCUUUUGCGAUCGUAGCGGUAAUAAGUACCACGAACUCACUCGCGCGGCACGGAGCGUUACAGACAGAGACGACCGCCUUAAUGGCAUUCAGGAAGCACCUGAGCUUGAAGUUGGUGUCUUACGCUCUUUUGACUGGAUGUGGAGUCAUGCUUGGAUGCCUGAUAGUGAUUAUACGCAGUGCGACGAAGAAGGUUGGACUUAUGGAUCAUCUAUUGAGCGCAUCAAUUGUCGCUUGGCCAAGGGUACUAGCAAGGUGAAACGCGGUUAUUACCAUUUCUUAAGACGACGACGAUGGAUUCGUACUCGUGUGCGGACACCUGUAUCUACUUUACAAGGAACAGAGUUCGACUUAGAGCAGGCGGAAUGCUCUGCAGCGCUAUCGUCAAUGUGUGAAGGUAAAGCGUCCGGGUCUCAAGGCUCAAAUCGAUUCUAUCGCGUCUCGCACGACUCUUUAAAAUCAUAUUUUCAGCUUAAAUCAAAGAUUAGACCAUCAAAAUACAUACGCGUAGAUUUUACCAACGACGACAUACAAAAGGAGGGAUGGUUAGGUGUCAGAGGGACAUUAUCGCGAACUUGGAAGCUAAGGUAUUGUUUAUUGCGCUGGGAUUCAAGCAGUCUCGUGUGUGUAAAAGACCGAGUUUCGAUGAUAUUAGCAACUGAAGAAUUAAUUGACAGGCAUACGACGCUAUUAGUAGAGGAGCCGCUUAAACCACGUCAAUUCCAAUUUUCAGUUUGUAAUGGAGACCGUACUCUACGAUUAAAUGCAGUGGAUGGCACAUCACGAGCUUCAUGGAUCUCAGCUCUGAGUGAACUCAUUGUACGAAGUCGUGCAUCCUUUUUUGCAGCUGAUGAUGCAGAAAGUAUGUCGAGUACGAGAAGUCGUAGUAUUCGACGAAUGCGCUCAUCAACCGAGGAAAGAUGUUCGAUUGCUAGCACUUCAACGCAAAACGAUAUAAAUGUGGAAAGAAGUGAAGUCAGACAGCCACAAAAUCGUGGCGCAUGGAGACCUUACAAAUUUAUAUCAUCAACCAUGCAAUCAAAGCGCCAAACGGAUGCAGUAUGCCGCAGCGAGUACGUAAAGCAGUUUUCAGAGAUUUUUGAUGUGAAAAUUGAACUGGCUAGCUCGUACAUUUCAAUGAACAUCGCGAUUUUAGAAGAGAAUCUUAGCACUGCGCAAGAUUUCUUACCAUCAAAUGUGGCAUCCGUGCCAAAGAAAGAAAUCCAGAAACUUCGGAUGGAAGUUACUGCACUGAUCGAGGCAUUUCGAGCUAGAGCAAAAGUGCAGCUCGCUUCAAAUCGCACUAGCGUCAUUGGCUGUAACAUGCUACAAAAGGAGCUGUAUUUAUUGGUGUGCCGACUACGCGAAAAGGUCAUUUUGCUGGCCCCAUCUCAAGAGCACGCUACAAUAAAGAAAGUUAUGUUAGAGUCUCCUACGAAGCGACGUAUACCCGUGGACUGGUAUACAAAUUGCGCAUCUUUAGAGAAGGGGCGACAGCUGUCUGGUCUUGCUGAUGACAGCAUUCCGUCAACAAGCACAUCAAACUCGACAAUGGAAAAAUUGGAAUUGUCGUACACAUCAGGGUCUUCUCUUGAACUGAAACUGCAGAAUGCGACAAUUCUGGCGCGGCAUGACAGGCGAAGUUUAUCCGUUCCUGAAUCUAAUCAAUCCAUCAGUACUCCUGUCAAUAGCCACAGUUUACACGCAUCUGAAGCUCUCAGGAUAAAGCCAUACACCAAGAUGCCGGAAGAAUUGCUCGAGGGUCAUUUUGAGCUACCGGAUGGCGUAAAUGGGUACGUUGUGAAAGUUCAUGACAAGGAUAUUGGCUCAUUGAUUGGCUAUACUCUUUGCUCAACGACUUACGUCAAUCAGCUUGAAGCCCAUUUCGAUCAUAAGGUGAAUAUCAUUGAAGAACUGAAUGCUUCGGAUAGUUUGGGAAUUAGUGAGGUUUCCGCUCCGUCUCCACCGACUGGUGCAGAAGCUCAAGCAACCUUUGUUGCUUCAGCAGGUGACAUGAGAGAACGACCCAGUGUCAAACGCUCAGUGACUGUGGUUGACAAAAAGCAAGUGAUUUAUCUAAACAAAUUGCGCUCAGCAGACUUGCAACAUACUUCUAUGAAAUUUUCUUACGCAGUUGGCACUACGAAUCACGAGUUUCAGUGUGUGGCAUACUUUGCGGCACAAUUCCAUGCGCUGCGCGCGCUCACAGUUCCGGGAAACGUCGAAUUUCUGAAUUCCAUCAUAGAGAGCAAGAGGUGGGAUACCACUGGAGGCAAGUCCGGUGCAUUCUUUUCGAUGACACACGAUAAGCGCUACGUGAUGAAGGGCAUCUCAGUGACUGAGUUCAACAUGUUUGUUCAUAUGGCUCCGAAAUACUUUAAUUUCAUUUCGCGUGUCGUAGAGGUUCCGACUCCGACGGUAAUUACCAAAAUUGUUGGUCUUUUCAAACUUAGUCACAGUCGGCGUUUGUCAAAGCACACAGAGUACGUGGUAAUCAUGGAGAACUUUUCGUAUGGCUUUCCUCCUGGACAAAUGUACGACCUAAAGGGUAUUCUUCGUCGAAGGUAUUACACCACCAGCAACGAAGUCGAAGACCGUCAUGAAUCUUACAAUAGCGUCUCAAAUGUUCAAGUGUCCAUGAAUCUGCCAGUGCUGCUGGAUGGCAACUUUUCCGAGCGCAUGCCUGUGCCGGUUGCGCAACCGGAUUUAAGCAUCAUCGAGUCUGCUAUUCAAAACGAUACCGGAUUUUUGUAUCGUGCAGGAGUAAUCGACUACUCUCUGCUACUACGUUUUGAUGAAGAAAAACGACAAGUUAUUGUAGGACUGAUUGACUACUUGCACCAAUUUGAUUUUUUGAAAAAAAUGGAAUCGACGUCGAAAGCGAGUUUGACUUUUCGCAAUCCGACAGUGAUUAGUCCAACUUCGUACCGCCGACGAUUUAUAAAUGCCAUGAAUCGCUAUUUUGUCGGCAUUGAGAAAGAAUUGGAAAUUCGAAUGCGAAAGCGGUGCAAGAUUAAAGCAAAGCGAAGUGAGACUUUUUAUCGCUCACCGGACUCCAGUGCAAUAUUAGCUGGGGACAAUGCGCAGGUCGACCCGAAUAUUUGUUCGGGUGUCUCGCCUCAGCUUUCUAAUAAUCUGUCAUUUAGUAAUGAAUCUCCAUUACUUCCUGAUCACUUGCCGUCGAAGUCGGAGUAUAGUAUACCAAAACUGGAUAUCGAGUGGUCGGAUUCAAAGCCGCGUGGAUACUCAAUGUCGCACUUGCUGGAGCACGAAAUUCAUUGUGAGCGUGCAACGCACAGCGAGGGUGAGAGUAUCAGCUCUAUAAGCAGCUCGUUGAAUGAAUCCACCAAGAGUUACCCAGCAACUCCACUUCACGAUCACGAUGUGAUUUUUGAAGGUCAUUGUUCCUGA